GCCGCCGCGUCUGCUAAACCCAGCAGCCGAGGUUCCGCGCCUGUCUGAGGCACGCUGCAGGCAUGGCGGCACGGAGGAGUGCCCCGCACGAGCGGGAUCGGGAGCGGCCUCGCGCCGCCGCCACAGAUGGAGGGCUUGGGAAAAAGACAACAAACACGGCAAUUAAAAACACAUGGCCACAACAGAAUGCUUAAAACCAAAUGGUCCACAGUUGAUAUUUUUUGCCAGCCUGUCUGCUCCACUUUGAUGCUUCUACUCUUACAUUUAUGUGCGAUGGAUCAAAUACCAAAUAAAAGGAGUCCCAGUGUCCCUGGUAAGCAGCACCCCUGCCUCUGUCCAUGGAUGUCCUGAGCGGCCCACUUUCUGGAAAUGAUGUCUUCAUGUCUGCGGUCUGAGUCUCGUUCUGCGUGUCCAGGAAAUGACCAAGUUCACUCCUGGACACUAGUCACCAGCCAAGCCUUAGAUACGGCGUGGAGGGUAGCAAAAGGAUCCGUGACACUGGCUGUUUCACUUCUGGUGGCCACCCUCUACUACUUCAGAAGGCUGCAUUUAUAUUUAGGGCACCGGCUGAAAUGGUGGAUUGGAUAUCUACAGAGAAAAUUCAAAAGGAACCUCAGCGUGGAGGCGGAAGUUGAUUUACUCAGUUAUUGUGCAAGAGAAUGGAAAGGAGAGACACCCCGUGCCAAGCUGAUGAGGAAGGCUUACGAGGAGCUGUUUUGGCGGCGUCAUAUUAAAUGUGUUCGACAAGUAAGGAGAGAUAACUAUGAUGCACUAAGGUCGGUGCUAUUUCAGAUCUUCAGCCAGGGCCUCUCUUUUCCAUCCUGGAUGAAAGAAAAAGAUAUUGUGAAGCUUCCUGAAAAACUGCUCUUUUCACAAGGUUGUAAUUGGAUCCAGCAAUACAGUUUUGGUCCUGAGAAGUAUACAGGUUCGAAUGUGUUUGGAAAAUUGCGUAAAUGUGUGGAACUAUUGAAAGCACAGUGGACUGAAUUUAGUGGCAUGAAAGAUUAUCACAAGAGAGGAAGCAUGUGCAACAUCCUUUUUUCUGAUGCCAUCCUGGAAUACAAACUUUACGAAGCUCUGAAGUUUAUCAUGCUGUAUCAGGUCACCGAGGUUUAUGAACAAAUGAAGACUAAGAAGGUCAUUCCCAGUCUUUUUCGACUCCUGUUUACUCGGGAAAGCUCAUCCGAUCCUUUGAGCUUCAUGAUGAACCACCUGAACUCUGUAGGCGACACCUGUGGCCUGGAGCAGAUUGAUAUGUUUAUACUUGGAUACUCCCUUGAAGUCAAGAUAAAAGUGUUCAGACUGUUCAAGUUUAACUCCAGAGACUUUGAAGUCUGCUACCCAGAGGAGUCACUCAGGGAGUGGCCGGAGAUUUCCCUGCUGACUGAGAACGACCGCCACUACCACAUUCCUGUCUUUUAAGUCCGGCUGGACUGGGCACCAGCUCUCGCCAGUGACAAGAGUCACACCUGCAAGUAGUGUUUCUCGAAAACCAAAGCUAGUGUUGCUGCCGUUGAAGGAGUCUGGACCUUCCUGUCCGGGAUUUCAGGUACACUGGCCAGAGACCCCUUGGUGGCUGCCCUUUGGUUUCAGUGAUUUCCUUCAGAGCGGCUGCACUAAGGAAUCUGUGGGUUGGUGGUUUGACCUUGUUCCUAAGGGCUCUGGUCAUUUCAUACAUAACAGGCCUUAAGAACACAAGGAUGUUUAAUUUGAACAGGAAAAAAAAAAUGAGAAAAAACAAGUAGGGGAAAAGGACAAAAGGGAAAGAAUUUCUUUGAUUUAUAUAGUGUUUAUAUUCUUAAGAAUCUUGUCAUUGACUGAUUUCUGGGAUAUUCAUAAACAUGGUCUUCUUAUAAGCAUUACCUUCCCAGCAGUUUCUAUGGUAUAAUGAUUUUCCAGAACCAUUUGAUGUUAAUUGUGGGUGUGCAUACACUCAUA